AUGGACGUAUCUGACGAGAUUGAUUAUAAUGGACCUACGAGGCUGAAUAAGCGGAAAUUGGUCGCUGUUUUUAUACUCCUAGUUGCCAAUCUUUUGAAUUAUAUGGAUAGGUUUACUAUCGCUGGAGUUUUGACUGAAUUACAAGCAUACUUUCAAAUUGUUGGAGAUGACUCAAGCGCAGGUUUACUUCAGACCAUAUUUAUUGUAUUCUAUAUGCUGUUUUCUCCACUGUUUGGCUACUUGGGUGAUCGGUACAACCGAAAGAUCAUAUUAAGCUCUGGAAUCUCUUUUUGGAUUAUGGCAGUUUUCGUUUCUACUUUACUGUCGCGCUCGCAGUUUUAUCUAUUUAUGUUCUUUCGCGGGAUUGUUGGUAUUGGAGAAGCAUCCUAUUCAACUGUAGCUCCUAGCAUUAUAGCAGACUUGUUCAGAGGUUCAUCUAGGAGCGUCGCUCUUUCCGUAUUCUAUUUUGCUAUCCCGUUGGGAAGUGGCCUUGGGUUUGUUCUUGGUUCUAACGUUUCUUUAUGGUUUGGAGCUUGGCAGUGGGGUGUUCGCUUAACAUCGGUAUUGGGUGUAGUUUGUCUUGCGCUAAUUAUUUUUGUUUUGGAAGAACCGGCACGCGGCGAAGCUGACCACGCCCAUGUUGAAACUAGCACCUUUUUGGGGGACAUAGUUUAUCUUUCAAAAAUCAAAACUUAUGUUUUUUCAACUAUUGGGUUUACAUCUAUUGUCUUUCUUGUGGGAGCUCUUUCGUGGUGGACCCCUGCGCUGAUGGAACAUGCCUGGUCUUUACGCCAUGGUACUAGUGAAGUUGAGCCUGGCGCUAAGGCUCAGAUUUCGUCAACAUUUGGUAUGAUUACUUGCCUUGCUGGUUUCAUCGGGGUUGUGUGCGGUUCAACGUUAGCGCAAGUCUUUGUUUUGAAGAUGUGGAAAAACGGAUAUAGAUUGAUCGCGAAAAGCAGCAAAGCUGACCCUUAUGUUUGCUCCCUAGGUGCGUUUCUGGCAGUGCCGUUUAUAUUCUCUGCAAUUAUUAUGUCGUCUAAUUACGUGUUUGGAACAUGGGUGCUUAUUUUUUUUGGUGUUACCUGCUGUUGUCUCAACUGGGCAGUUAAUAUGGAUAUGUUGAUGAGUCGUUUAACACAUGUUUUUUCGUUCCAGUACAUAGUUGUUCCUCAGUGUCGGUCCACAGCGACUGCUGUACAAACUUUGAUUUCACAUUUAUUUGGUGAUGCAACUUCUCCUUAUUUGGUUGGAUUAAUCUCGGAUUCUAUAAGAGGUAAGGAUUUUUCUGUAGUAGGCAGGUUCUUCGCGCUGCAAGACGCGCUGUAUUUCCCAGUGUUUUUGUUGGUGGCCGCCGGAGGUUUCUACCUUACUGCAAGCUUUACUGUUGAAGAAGAUAAGCGGGCCGCAUUUGAGGCAAUGCAUGCUUCGGAUUUCGAACCUAUAAUAAUAGUUGCGGAUGAAUCCGGCACAUCACAAGUACUAGAUGGAGUUGAACAGAGCUUGUUAUCUACCUCUUAA